AUGUAUGGCAAGUGCGGGCAUUUGGACGAUGCCAAGGCUGUGUUCCAAAGCCUUGACGCGAGUAAGAGGAGCUCUCUCUCGUGGAGCGCGCUCAUCACGGCUCACGGCUCAUGUGGAUCAAUCGGAGGGGCUGUUGGCCUGCUGAACGAGAUGGAGGAGCAGGGAAUUCUCCCGGAUCAAACCGCCCUCUUGCCAGCGCUCAAUCUUUGCCCCACACACGGCGCUCUCGCAGGGGGCAUUGUGGUACACAAAAUAAUAGCGGAUCGUGGGCUGGAGAAGAAUGUGAUAAUCUCAAAUGAGAUUAUCAACAUGUAUGGAAAAUGCAGCCAAAUCGACCAAGCCAGAGCUUUCUUAGAUAGAAUGUAUUUCCGAAACACAGGGUCUUGGAACGCCAUUGUUUCAGCAUAUGCCCAAAAUGGGCAUCAGUCGGAUGCAGUGAAAAUGCUCUUUGUCAUGCAGCUCGAGGGCGUCAAGAUUGGAAAAAUCGGAUUCGUUACACUCCUCAAGGCUUGCUGCGGCCCAAUGUUCCUGAAGACCGGCAGACUCAUUCACUCUUGUCUUCCGGAGGAUGUUCUCCAUGAGACGGACGUCACAGCCGGAACGAGCCUUGUUCAUAUGUAUGCAAAGUGUGGCAGCCUUGCGGAAGCGCGAGAGAUUUUUGAGCGGAUGAGCUGCAAGAACAAGUUUGCAUGGUCUGCCAUGAUCAGCGCUUACGUAGAACACGAGGAAACGAGGUCUUCCCUCGAGUGUUUUUGUCUGAUGCUGCUCAAUGGUGUCGAGCCAGAUGAGCUUUCGUGGCGGUUUUAG